UCGCCAUUACGUGACCUUGCAGUACAGUGCAUGUGACGUAGCGCAUUAGAGCGAACGCACGUCGUCGAUACCGACGCAUAUCCAUUCGUUGCUGUUUAAGGUGUUAUUAUGAUACAGUUCCAGAGCAGCUCUUUAUUCAGAAAAGUAUUGCCAGUUACGGGAGUACGAUAGAAAUGAGUACGCCAGGCCAUUUGAAGUAAUCGAACGGUUCCGUAAUCAAUAUUUGCCCUCCACCGUUUCCCACUCCUACAGUAUAAGGUGACUUGGAUGAUUGUCAUUCCCGCACUAUCGCAUUCCCCGGGUGGAACGUUGCCACAGUAACGCGUUAUGUGGUCGCACGCGCCGACUUCACUACUUCUGGAUUGCUGUUUACCUUCCAGUGAGCGAGCUGCACACUGACACAGGCUGGGGCAGGCUUAUCAACUGCAACACUACCUGGAGGUCGAAUGCAGGAAAAUGCCCGUUGUUGUUCGUAUUUCUUUUCCAAUAUGCUUAUCAGACAGGGAGAGGGGGUAGAGAGCGCCUACUGGAAUGGCUUAUCAGGGAGGAAAAACAAUCCACUGGGCAGCCGGAUCGUUGUGAAUAAGCAGCAUCAUUAUAAUAAGUUUUUAAUUAAAAGUUUUUCCUGUCCUGCCUUUGGCAGAGAAUAGAGAAGCGAUUGAUAAACAGAAGAGCUAAAGAACGCGGUUAAAGAGCUAAAGCGCUAUAGGCAUGGAUACAACAUCAAGUUGCAUCACAACACCUGAAAUGGAGUUCCAUUUUCACAAAGGGUGCCGAUUCGCGGCGUCACAUAUUUGUCUGCAUGCCAGUCCUGCCUGUCGCCGGAAAAUGCAAUCGUCCUAUUACUGAACAACACCUGAUCCGAUGCUUUGGCGGGAAAAAGAAAGCUGACUCUGCAAUAGGGAGUAACGAGCGUGUAACACUACCACCUGUUGAGCAGCCAAUUAUUCGUGUAACGUUUGGAUUCGUCUGCAAAAGCGAAAAGCAAACUGCAUCGUCCUUCAUUAUCGUCUCGCUUCUUCCGUCGCCCACUCACUGCACUGCAUCCCAACCCCGAGCUGGAUUUGUCGGCAUGAAUAGAAGCGAAGAAAAUAUGAAAGAGAAGCUCAUCUCCAUGCUCUCGAUGUCGUAAUCACUUUUUCUUCGAGUCCUUCUCCCUUUCUCUUUGCACACACACAAACACACACACACCGGUUAGCGGGUCGAGAGGAAAACAAAUAAAUUUACAUCCUCGAGUGGAGCGGAAAAUGUGGAAAGUUAAAGGGAAAUCUUUUGUGUGUGGGGGGCCACUCACUGGGAAGUAACCUCGAUUUCGGGCCGCUGGAGCCGUAGUGUUUCCGAAGCCAUGCUCUGCUCGUGAAGGGUAGUAUGAGCCCGCAGCGGAACCGAACCUGUUGAUGCUGAGUGAGGACACUGAUCGGUUGGUCCUUUUCCUUCUUUUUGCAAUGAAGGUCUUUGGGAUGCGAUUGAGCAAUCCAUCCAGGAGUCUGCUAUUGACUGUCGAGGAGGGGAGAGGAGAGAGGAUAGCCAGUGGCAGUGAUACCGAUUUCUCGGCACGAGCCGAACCGAACAGCUGGACCAGCCAGGUAAAGGCAUCUGCGAUGGACAGAUAUUUGACAAGCCACACAAUGGCGCGUCUGUGAUUAAAGGGACGACGACGACGAGGACAACGAGGGAUCGAACGUUGUUCGGGAACGAAACGGAAAAGCAGAAAAAGUCUUUAUGAUUUUUUUUUCCGUUCCAAAUAGAGCAACGACUAUCGUGUCUUCGUUGGUUGCAAAGACAUUCAAUUCCUUUCUCAGAUAAUUGAAAUCGAAGUCCGAUCCGAUUCGAGACGAGCACCACCAACCGCUAAUUAACGCUUCUCUCAAGGCGGAAACUCGACACCAACCGAACGUUAUCGGAUGUUAUUAACCUUCUCGGUUCGUCACCGUUCCGCAUGACUUCUGCCGUUUGACUACCGAUUGGCGUCAUCUUCCUCGACGCCUCGUCAUUUGGUCAUUGAUUCGGCUUCGAAAGCGGGAAUCUUCUCGAGCACCGUGGCGAUCUCGGUGAAUAAGAUAUGCACAUUACAAUCGAAAGGCAUAGCAUCCCUCGUUGUGCAGCACAUCGGACAAUUCAGUCAGACAGUGGCCAACUCCUCCCUCCGCGGGGGGCGGUGUAACGACCGGUGAAGCCGAUUUCCAUCGGAUUAGCAUCGUGGUGGUCAGGCAUACCAAAUCCAUAAAACAUCAGACAUCCCUUCAAUCCUCUAGAAGCUCACACAUACACACGGCGUUACGGUGAUGCUGCGGUAGCGGCGCUGGCCGAUGAAUCGACAAUUGGAGUUGUUUGUCCGGUUGGCGUGAUUCGGGAACGGGCGUCGAUGGGUUCGGAGGUAAUUUUAAUUCCAAAAUAAUGGUCACAUCAUACGCAUUCGGUGGACGUGGCGGUGACCAGCACCAGGUCAGACCGUGUUUGAUGUUCAAAGAAGAUCUGCUGAAGCGCCACUGCAAUUGGUGAUUGUUGUUUGCAACAAAUAAAUCAGUUUGCUUACGCUUAAUCCCUGAAUCCUGUCCAGGAGGAGUUGGGGGCACAGGAAUUGUUGGAAUCAAAACGUGUGUAGCGGCAAGUAGCAAGGUUCACGGCCAUCAAUGAUAUUAUUAUAAUAGUAAAAUCCGUGAUUUGGUUUCUAAGUUGUGACACUAAAUAUUCUACCUCCUUGUAAAUACAUUUAUUCCCCUGUAAUGCUCUACCGUAACAAGACGUAUCUGCAACAGAGAUAAAUAUUUGCACUGCAUGCUGUUGCUCCAGAAAACUUCCCUUCCCGUCCCUCACCGGAUCCGAUCCAACCGGGCCAGCUGUCAUAUGCAAAGUCAUCCUCAUCUCGUCAUUCUUCGCUUUCGCAUAGCGAUUCGAAUUCCUAGCAUCGGUCUGGUCCUUUGAAUCGUCGGCAGUUGACGUAUUGAUGAGGAGUAGCGAAGUUGGAGAAGGAAGGGGCGAAGGCUUCUCCGAGGGACCGAGCUUAUUACAUCACAACGGCGUCCGCAUCCGCACCAGGCAACCCAAUCCAGGUUGUCGCGCCGUUCGUCGUCGUUGUCAUUCGUCGGUAAAACAGUCAGCUUGAUCCGGUUUGGUGUGUGGCCAGUUAUGUAACAGGUACUGCGGGUGAAUCAUUAACAAUAACUGGCUGCGGAAGCGAGAAGCUGCUGAGCUCGCUAGCCCUGCUGUCCCCAUAUGCCCUGUUGCUGAUGAUUUAUUGGCUAUUCAAUCGCAUGUUGAGGUCAUUUUGAAUUAACAAAAAAUGCAGCAAAACGAUUAGCGAUUGCUACCAAAGGGUACCAUUUUGUAGAUAGUUUCGGCAACGCUGGUUAUCCCUUUUGCUCCGCAGCUUGAAAGCAACGCAGCAAGCCACGGGGUCUCAAUUGAUGCCGCCCGUGCUCUGGUUGGCUGUUGCAUAAAGUGUUUGAACGAGGGAAAGGGAUUCAUUGCUUCGUUCCGAUGGUCCUGUGCGCAACAGUAAGUUACAGUUUGUAUGCUCGAUGUGGCAGGUACAAGGUACACCAAGCCUAGCUUUUGCUUAAUAUGUCCAUUAGCAUGAUAGCUGAAGACAGAUUAUACUUUUUUUUGACAUCACUAAUUAAGCUUCUAAGUAGACAUUAAACGUAUCUUUAUCUGAAUCUACCUCUCGCAAAGUAAUGCAACAAUCCGUACCAAACUGUUCCGUAAGGACAUUCGAAUCGUCACCGCAAAUCGCUGGGCAGGGCUCCAGUUGUUGCUCCAGAGUCCCGGCCCCCGGGGUUUGGGGGGUGAGUGGUGUCCCGAAUGGUACCGAAACCAACGAACCAGGGAACCGAGUCGUGUUCGUGUUGCACCUUCGGCCCCGUAUAAAAGUGCCCGUCAAUGGCCGCCCAUUCGUUCACUCGUUCGGUUGCGGUUCUCGGCUCUAGGUAUCGGGGUCGGGUGGUCGGGCCACGGCGUCCUUACGGCGUUUCUGCGUGCUGGAUGUUCGAAGGAGCAACAUCCUACUUUGUGGUCGCUUCCGUCCGUCCGUGUGUGUGAUAUUGGAGGCAUCGGUUCGUUGCUCGUUCAUAGUUGAAGUCUCCCGUCCGUUCGUUGGCGCAAUCGGCACCGCCUUCCGGGAUACAAAGGAUAUACACUGGCGACUGGUAGUGGUGAUAGUGAUUUCACCGGUGCACAGGGUACACGGUACUGUCUGUCCACGGUACGGUCUCGGUGAGACCCGAGUCGGGAUUCCUGGUGGCUGGUGGUGGCCUGAAGUGAGAAUCAUUGAUUUUUCCACCAUUUUCCUGCUUUAACUUCGCGCGGGUGGUACUAGCUCGGUGCUUGACCUCGACAUCUCGACCGAGGCUCGCGGGAAUGGCCAGUGUGCGUGUGGUUCGUGACGAUUGCAUAAUCUAAUUAGGAAGGGGCCACGGCGGCCAAUCCGGACAUCGGCACUUUGCGCCGACUUUUCGCAAAGUGAUUAUCGCAAUCUGUUGUUUGUGUGUGUGUGUGUGUGUGUGUGUUUGCUCUGUUGCCCUCCUGACGAUUCCUUGUGGCCAAAGGAUCAGCAUGAGGUGUGUGUGUGUGUGCUGUCGGGAGCGUGCUGUGAUCUGUCGUAGCUAAGCUUCGUUCGCGCAUCGCGAGCUCUCGUUCCCGUUCCCGCUUGCCGCUUGCUACGUCCGCAUCCUCGGCCCCCGGGGGACAAAAUGGUUGCCCGGAACUUUACCCUGCAAGACAUGCCGUACAACCGUGCCCUGCAGGUACAACCGGACGAGGAGCGCGAGUUCCUAACGCUGGACGAACUGAAACCACACCAGCUGACCGAGCUCGGUGUGGCGGUAUCGUCGGUCGCGAUGCCGUCGGUCAACAGCCAACAUCCAACGGCACAGCCGCAACACCGGGUGCCCGGACCGAACACGGCGGAUACGGCACCGAACCAUCCGGUCAUUGCGACCGCGGGCGGGCUGAUGCAGAACUAUCAUCAUCAUCAUAACGUUUUCUAUGAGCUCGGAGCAACGCACUCACCGGCUGCCAACUCAACGGCAGCAGUCCCGACUGAUCAUAUGACGGGACCGGAUGCCUCGCUCCUGGUCGAUCCUUCGCUGGCCGGUACCACCAUGUCGGCGGUGACCAACCUGAGCGCCCUGUCGGCGGCUGCUGCUGCUGCGGCGGCAGCGGCCGCGGCAGCAACAGGCAGUGGCAACCAUCACCAUCAUCACCAUCUACAUGCGGACAAUCCGGCCGGCCACCAGCACCACAACAACAGCCACCAUCAUCAAACCACCGGCAGCAGUGGCGGUGGCGGUGGCGGUGGUGGCGGUGGUUCACGCAAGCGAAAGUUCUCCUUCAAUUCCCAUUUCAGUGAUACCAGCGACGUCGAGGAUGAUACCUGCGAUGAUUCCAAAUCCGUCCGAACGGCGGACGAGAGCAAAAAACAGAACCACAGCGAGAUCGAGAAGCGGCGGCGCGAUAAAAUGAACACCUACAUAACGGAACUGUCCGCCAUGAUACCGAUGUGCCACGCGAUGUCACGAAAACUCGACAAGCUAACCGUGCUACGGAUGGCGGUACAGCAUCUGAAGACGAUCCGCGGUGCAGUCCACUCGUACACCGAGGGUCACUACAAACCCGCCUUCCUGUCCGACCAGGAGCUCAAAAUGUUGAUACUCCAGGCAGCCGAAGGAUUCCUGUUUGUGGUGGGAUGCGAUCGGGGCCGAAUCCUGUACGUGUCCGAGUCCGUCUCGCAUGUGCUCAACUACUCCCAGGGUGAUCUGCUCGGCCAGAGCUGGUUCGACAUUCUGCACCCGAAGGACGUGGCCAAGGUAAAGGAGCAGCUAUCCUCCUCCGAUCUGAGCCCCCGGGAACGGUUAAUUGAUGCCAAAACAAUGCUUCCGGUGAAAACGGAUGUGCCGCAGGGUGUGACGCGGCUCUGUCCCGGUGCUCGGCGUUCCUUUUUCUGUCGCAUGAAGUGUAAGGCGAACGUACAGAUCAAGGAGGAAGCGGAUGCGACCAGCAGUACCACCAACAGUGCAACCGUCUGCCAUCGACGCAAGAAACAGGUGAAUUCGGAUAAAAAGUACUCGGUAAUACAGUGCACGGGGUACCUGAAAUCGUGGGCACCGGCCAAGAUCGGGCUGGAGGAGAACGAAACGGACGGUGAAGGGGACUCGUGCAACCUGAGCUGUUUGGUGGCCAUCGGUCGGAUACAACCGAACCUACAUCAACCACCCCAACACGGUACAGCGAUGCAACGGCCAAGUGAUGCUGGAACCGGUAACGGAUCGAACGGUGGUGGUCCACCAACGAACGGCGGAGGAGGAGGAGGUCCCAACAGUAAUGGUGGCAAUACCGGGAGCGCUGCUGGUGGUGGCGGUGGUGGUGGUGGUGCUGGUGGAAGUAAUGGCACUGCUGGCAAAUCCGCGGUUAGCCGGAACAGCAUACCGAACCUGCGGAAUGUGCAGUUUAUCUCCCGCCAUGCCAUGGAUGGUAAGUUCCUGUUCGUCGAUCAACGGGCGACGCUCGUACUGGGCUUCCUGCCACAGGAACUGCUCGGUACGAGCAUGUAUGAGUACUAUCACCACGAGGACAUACCGGCACUGGCCGAAUCACACAAGGCCGCCCUCCAAGGGACGCAAUGCGUCACGACCUCCGUCUAUCGGUUGCGCACGAAAGAGUCCGGCUUCGUGAGGCUCCAGAGUGAGUGGAAAUCGUUUCGCAAUCCCUGGACCAAGGACAUCGAGUAUCUGAUAGCGAAGAACAAUGUGAUUUUGUCCGAGCUGCUGCUCGGGGGUGAUGUUAAUGCGAAUCGCAACGGAAGCGCAUACGGUGUGGGAAGUGAUGGUUUGGGUGACGGAACCGGUGAUGGAACUGGUGUCAGUGGUUCCACCGGACAACCGAAUGUGGGUUACGAGUUCUUCAAUCAUUCCAAUGGACGUGAGAUACAGCGAAUGAUCAAUUCGCACGUGGAAGCGAGUAAGAUUGGACGACAGAUAGCGGAGCAGGUGUUGGAUCAUCAGCGACGGUUGGGUGACUCUUCAUCAGAGAGUAGUCCCAAUCCCAACGAAGCCGCUAUGCAACCCGCCUUUAGUUCCGCUCUCUCGGAGACGAACCACUCGAACGAUGCGUCCACAUCCGGUGAGCACAGUAUGGCCACCUCGAGCGGUGUCUCGCCUGCCUCGGUUUCGGUAGUACCGUCGUCGGUGGUGACGACACGCAUCAAUGGAACGCUCCCAGGCUAUAGCCAUGUGCAGACGAAUGCCAUCAUAAGCCCCGAGCAUGAUGUAUCGCAGGCCCAGGCUAACAGUACAGAUGGGAACGAUGAAGCGGCCAUGGCUGUGAUUAUGAGUCUCCUGGAGGCGGACGCAGGACUUGGUGGACCGGUCGACUUUUCCGGUCUACCGUGGCCACUUCCUUAAGGCAGUGCCAGUUACCACAGCGAGCACACAUACACACACACACACACACACACACACACGCAGCGCGCAGUUAGUGCAUUUUCAUCAAGGCUAUGAACGUGAUCGAGAUCGUGAGCAGUGAGUAAACGCGAGUUACCAAAACGGAUCCAGGUUCCGAGGAGACGAAGCGUUGCGUCUCCUUUUCCUUCCUAGUUUAUUAUGUCAUUCCCCGCCGAUAAUGUUGUACAAAUCUUUUCCAAUCGGUUAGCAUUUAGCAGCAGAGCAGCAGAGUGGUAGCAGAGGAGUGAGGCUGUGUGCUCCACGGCACCCUUAGAAGGGUGACGAGGUCAGAGGUCAGAGCAACGAACCGUGGUAGAGUGUAAGUGGGUAGGGUAGAA